UGAAAAUACCGUCAGAAUAAACAAAUCCUGAAAUCGCCCUGUAUAAAUCACUUGCCAGCUGAAGGAGAGUCCUGGGUUUACAAUUUCACUUGUGUCCUAAUGAUGGAAAAUCUCGAGGGGGAAUAAACGGCUCAGGAGUCAGUGGAUGCCGAGGGCAAAAAGCAGAAGAUUAGCAGAAGACCCCAGCAUUCUCAUCGAUUUGUUCACUUUGGCUACAACAACAGCAAGCAAAUAACAAGAGAGAAAAACAGACCAGUAAAUUUCCGGGAUUUAGAUGCUGCGUGAUUUUUAAAUUUCCUCAUCCUUGCUAAUCAAUAUUCAUACUGCAGUGUGAUUUUUAUUUCCCCAUCUUCGCUAAUCAAUAUUCAUACUGGAACCUACAUGAUUCAUGAGAUUGAGACAGACAUGAAUGGUCUUCCUUGAUCCAUUUGCCACUGAACAUCCUAGGCAAGUUACUAAGACUUGACUUUGUAAUAACUCAUUGACUCCUCCCUUUGUUUUAAGAUGGAUAGGGAGUCACCAGAGGGUCUGCUUUUCAAGGAUGAGAACUUCUCCUCUGAUCUCUUGAGGCAGCUAAAUGUCUUAAGACAAAAAGGGGUCCUGAUUGACGUGACUAUAUGCAUAGGGAGCUGUGAAGUCCCCUGCCACAGAAAUGUCUUGGCCUCUAGUAGCCCAUACUUCCAGGCAAUGUUCUGUAGCAACUUCAGAGAGAGCUCUCAGGCCAAAGUUGAUCUGAAAGGCAUUGAUGCUGAUAUUUUACAUGAGAUCAUCCUGUAUGUAUACACUGGGGAGAUUCACAUCACUGCAGACAAUGUCCUAUCUUUGAUGGAGGCUGCAUCCAUGUUACAAUAUCUCAGGCUUUUUGAAGCCUGUUCAUUGUAUCUUCAGAAGCAGUUGACCCCUAGCAACUGCCUUAGCAUGAUCAGACUCUCUGACACUUUGAGUUGUGAGAGCCUCAAACAGAAAGCUAGAUCGAUGGCCCUAAGGUGUUUCCCAGAAGUAGCCCUAUCAGAAGACUUGAAGGAGCUAUGUCCGUUGGAACUAAGUGAUUACCUAGGAGAUGAUGAGCUCUGUGGUGAGGAAGAAGAAGUGUUUGAAACAUUAAUGGUCUGGAUCAGGCAUGACCUCCAGGCCCGGAAAGAAUAUAUCCAAGAACUAUUCAAGAAAGUCAGGCUCCAAUAUGUCCACCCAACCUUCUUCUUCCAUUUCAUUGUCAACGACUCCCUCCUUCAGUCUUCCCCAGCAUGCCAAGCCAUCCUGGAGGUAAUGAGGAGACAAGUGUUUUCUUUGUACAGCACUGGCAGCCCAGACCUCAAGCCACUGUGGCACGUCCCUCGGAGAGAGUCUCACCGUGAUUUCCUUAUCCUCUUGGGAGGUAGAAAGGACAAUCAGCAAACCACCAGGGAAGUUCUGCUGUACCAUGAGAAGACGGGCCAGUGGCGGUACCUUGCCAAGCUCCCAGCUCGACUUUACAAAGCCUCCUCCGUCACCUUGCAUAGUAGUGCCUACGUACUGGGGGGCAUGUCUGUUGGGGUAGGGAAGCAGCAAGUCAGUCACAAUGUUUAUAUCUUCUCCCUGAAACUCAAUCAGUGGAGACUAGGGGAGCCCAUGCUGGUGGCUCGAUACUCCCAUAGAAGUACAGCCUAUAAGAACUACAUCUUCUCCAUUGGAGGAAUUGGAGAAAACCAGGAGAUAAUGAGUUCCAUGGAGAGGUACGAUAGUAUCUAUGAUGUCUGGGAGACCAUGGCCAGCAUGCCUGUAGCUGUCCUUCACCCAGCAGUAGCUGUGAAAGACCAAAGACUUUAUCUCUUUGGUGGAGAAGACAUUAUGCAAAAUCCUGUACGACUCAUACAGGUUUACCAUAUUUCUAGAAACACAUGGUUCAAAAUGGAGACCAGAAUGAUCAAGAAUGUCUGUGCUCCAGCAGUGGUGCUCAGGGGCCAAAUUAUCAUUGUUGGAGGUUAUACAAGGAGACUCCUUGCUUACGACCCUCAAGCCAACAAAUUCGUGAAAUGCGCUGACAUGAAAGACAGACGGAUGCAUCAUGGGGCCACAGUGAUUGGGGACAAGCUCUAUGUGACUGGAGGUCGGAGGCUCACCAUUGACAGCAACAUUGAAGACUCAGACUCAUUUGAUUGCUAUGACCCAGAGACAGAUACUUGGACAUCCCAAGGGAGAUUACCCCACAAACUUUUUGAUCACGGAUGCCUCACUCUCCAGUGCCUACCUUAUCCUUCUGAAUCUCCCUGAAGAAAGAAGUAGGACUAUAGAUGGGAAAAAAGGAUAAGGAGAUUCAGAGGAGACCAUAGAACCCUUAUACUAAGCAUAUCCAAGCUCACAGGAUGAAAAAGGGCUAUUUUUGUGUUCUUCUGAACCUCACACCUCAAUGUAUGUAGUCUGGACCUGGAAAGGUCUAGGCAAGGCAGAGGAUAGAGUGAUACAUUUAGAGGCUGGAAGAACUGGGUUCAAAUCCCACUUCUGACACACACUAGCCAUGUGGCCAUGGACAAACCAGUUAAUUUCUCAGUGCUCCAGGCAACUCAAACUAAGGCUCCAGAUGAGUUGUUGAUCUGUGGCAGGAGAGGGAAAGGAGUUUCCUUACCAAGAACUUCCCACACUAAUUAUGUACAUAAUAUAUUAGAAUUCCAGAGGCUAUGUGGGGUACAGUGAAAAGAAGGCUGGACUUAGAGUCAGAGGGACAUGGGUUUGAAUCCCAAUCCUGAAACUGACUUAACUGUAUGAUUUUGGUCCAGUCCCUUAACCUCAGUCUGCUCUUCUGUAAAAUGGGGGAAAUCAUGCCUAUUGCAUCUCCCUCACUGAGCUCUUGUGAGGAUAAGAUGAGAUAAUGUAUGCAAUGUGUUCUGCAAACCUUUAAGCAUCAUGUAAAAGUUAGCUAUCCUUAUUAGAUUAGAGGAUCUCUAAGGUCCCCUCCAGCUGAAAUCCGAUGAACCCAGGAAUAACAUUUGUUGGUACCAAGUGAUGUUUUCCUCCAGCCUAGCAUGAACUGUAACCUUGUGAUUAAAAUCAGCAUUUUAUUUUGGAAUCAUGCUAGGAGAAUUGUUGUUUGGGGGGAACAGAGAGCCAACGAGUUCUUUAGGAGGUUACCUAACACAGCUAUCUUCCUUAUGCCGAGAAUACUGGCUAUUUCUAGAGUUCCUUUCAUCUUCAUGAGCUUUACAAAUUGGCAACAUGACUCAGGGUGGGAGUGGGAGAAAGCCCAGGGUCUGGGAAUCAUACCUCUCUGACACUCUUACUUCUCUGGCUGCGUCCUCACUCCUCUGUGCAGUGCUCAAACAUUUUGUCAGUUCACAGGAGCAGGAGGAAGGUUUGGGAGGGGGGAUACUUGGCUGCCCACUGUUUUGACUACAUAACCAUUUGAUUAAAUUUUUCACUUUUUGGCCCACUGUGGUGUUUUUCAGACCCCCAAUUUGGCUUAAGUCUUCCUGCGGUACUGUAUAGGGAAGCUAUAUAGUACAGAGAAAAGAAUGUCCAAUGCAGAGUUAGAAGAUCAGAUUUAGAGCCAGAAGGGACCUUAGAAACUAAGUUCAACCCCCUCAUUUGACAAAUAAGGACCCUGAGGCCCAGGGAAGUUAAAUGACUUGUCUUGGGUUGUGCAGACAAUGAGUAUCUAAAGCAGGAUUUGAACCCAGGUAUUCCUGAUUUUUAAGUCCAAUCAUAAGAACUGGGUUCUCAUCCAAGCUCUUUAAUUUAAGGUACCUUAGGUACCUUACCUCUCUAGGCCUCAGUUUCCCCAUUUACAAAAUGAGAGGGCUGAUCUAGAUGAUCUCUCAGGUGUCUUCUAGCUCUGAAUAUAUAUAAAAUAAGUGCAUGGGCACUUGUAAGAGUGGAGGUCCAGACUAGAUAACCUCUUGUCUCUUCUACUUCUAACUCUGUGACCCUAAGGCAAAGAAGAAAUGAUGUAUGCUUCUAUACACAGUUAGGUGACCACUAAGCUCAUCUUUAGAGCAUGUUGGGAAGUACUUUUCUUUCAACAAUCCUGUGAGGGAAGACGUACUUAAGUUUUAUUA